UACAAAGGAGGGAUGCGAUUGGCUGAGCCGGAGAGGAGAGGUUCUCUCGGCUGUCGCGAGGCGAGUUGAUUCCGCGCCACUUCGUUUCCGACUCGUGUCUACGUACGACGUGUCCGAGGACUAACGCUGAACGCCAUCCUCCUUCGCCUUUCUUUUGUCUGCUAACGCAAGAAAACGAGCAACAUGGUGGACCAGGCAGUACUGGACAAGCUUGAGGCUGGCUUCAACAAGCUUUCCAGCUCCGACAGCAAGUCGUUGCUGAAGAAGUACCUGACGAAGGAGAUCUUCGACAACCUGAAGACGAAGAAGACUUCCCUGGGCGCCACCCUCCUCGACGUGAUACAAUCCGGCGUGGAGAACCUGGACUCGGGCGUUGGUAUCUACGCCCCUGACGCCGAGUCCUACACAGUUUUCGCUGACCUCUUCGACCCGAUCAUCGAAGACUACCACGGUGGCUUCAAGAAGACCGACAAGCAUCCCGCCAAAGAUUUCGGCGAUGUCGACACCCUUGGAAACCUUGACCCGGCCGGCGAAUACGUGGUUUCCACUCGCGUCAGAUGCGGACGAUCCAUGGAAGGCUACCCCUUCAACCCCUGCUUGACCGAGGCCCAGUACAAGGAGAUGGAAGAGAAGGUCUCCUCCACUCUGUCCGGCUUGGAGGGCGAGCUCAAGGGAACCUUCUACCCGUUGACCGGCAUGAGCAAGGAGGUCCAGCAGAAGUUGAUCGACGACCACUUCUUGUUCAAGGAGGGUGACCGCUUCUUGCAGGCUGCCAACGCUUGCCGUUACUGGCCAACUGGCCGUGGUAUCUACCACAACGACGCCAAGACCUUCUUGGUCUGGUGCAACGAGGAGGAUCACUUGCGUAUCAUCUCCAUGCAGAUGGGUGGUGAUCUUGGACAGGUGUACCGCCGUUUGGUGAACGCCGUGAACGAGAUCGAGAAGCGGGUCCCAUUCUCCCACAACGAUCGUCUCGGCUUCCUGACCUUCUGCCCGUCGAACUUGGGCACCACGGUGCGCGCCUCCGUGCACAUCAAAGUGCCGAAGCUGGCCGCGAACAGGGAGAAGCUCGAGGAAAUCGCCGCCAAGUUCAAUCUUCAGGUGCGCGGAACCCGCGGCGAGCACACCGAGGCCGAGGGCGGUAUCUACGAUAUCUCCAACAAGCGGCGCCUCGGUCUGACCGAGUACCAGGCCGUCAAGGAGAUGCACGACGGCAUCGCCGAGCUGAUCAAGAUCGAGAAGGAACUCUAAAUCGAUCGCGCCCAAUUUAACCGACAACGCGACCGUUCCCAUCAAACCUAUCCCCCCCUGUCCUUGCUCCCACUUUAGAGACACUCGACGCGUCGACGGGGACUCGCUCUGGAUCCAAUGGAAAAUCGGAGAAACGUUUCGAAGAUCAAAGAUGCUUUCUCGGAUGUUU